AUGGAACCUGCCUUCGGGGAAGUGAACCAGCUCGGGGGGGUGUUUGUCAACGGGAGACCCCUGCCCAAUGCCAUCAGGCUCCGGAUUGUGGAACUGGCGCAACUGGGUAUCAGACCAUGUGACAUCAGCCGGCAACUGCGCGUUUCCCACGGCUGUGUCAGCAAAAUCCUGGCUCGCUACAACGAGACUGGCUCCAUCCUACCGGGGGCUAUCGGAGGCAGCAAGCCUCGCGUGACCACCCCCACGGUGGUGAAACAUAUCCGGACCUACAAACAAAGGGACCCGGGCAUCUUCGCCUGGGAGAUCCGGGAUCGCCUGCUGGCUGACGGCGUGUGUGACAAGUACAACGUGCCGUCGGUCAGCUCCAUCAGUCGCAUCCUCCGGAACAAAAUCGGGAACCUGUCUCAGCAGGCUCACUACGAGUCCUACAAGCAGCACCAGCCGCCCCCGCAGCCGGCUCUGCCCUACAACCACAUCUACUCCUACCCCAGCCCCAUCGCCGCGGCCGGCGCCAAGGGGCCCACGCCGCCCGGGGUGCCCGCCGUCCCCAGCGCCAUGGCCAUGCCCCGCACCUGGCCCUCCUCCCACUCGGUGACCGACAUCCUGGGCAUCCGCUCCAUCACCGACCAAGUGAGCGACACGUCGCCCUACCCCAGCCCCAAGGUGGAGGAGUGGAGCAGCCUGGGCCGGAACAGCUUCCCCGCCGCAGCCCAGCACGCCGUGAACGGGCUGGAGAAGAGCUCGCUGGAGCAGGAGGCCAAGUACAGCCAGGUGAUCUGGAUGGCACCCCAUUCGAACCCCAUUUGUGAGACCUGCCUCUUACUGGCCACCUGCUUCCACGGCCAAAACACAGUGCCCUGCCCACCAAUCCACAUGGCUUCAGGGCACUCCACCCGGAUGAAACUAAUAAAGAAAGUCAGAGAGGCACCCAACGGUCUCUCGGCCGUCGGCAGUUUUGUUUCAGCGCCGGCCAUGCCUCCUUACGCCACGCCGGCCCAGGUGUCACCUUACAUGACGUACGGCGCUGCCCCGUCGGGCUACAUGGCAAGCCACGGCUGGCAGCACGCCGGGGGCACGCCGCUCCCGCCGCCCGGCUGCGACAUCCCCGCCUCGCUGGCGUUCAAGGGCGUGCAGGCGGCCAGGGAAGGCAGCCACUCGCUCGCCGCCUCGGCGCUCUGA